UGCAGUCUGCCAGUGUUAUUGCAUUUGUCAGAUGUGGCUAGACCUGUUUGCAAUGUUUGCUUCGGUCGUCAUCGUCCAAACAACUUCAUCUUUGAAGCGCCGCGUUUUAUGACCAGUCUGGACUUGAAAUGGUCUAUAGUCUAUGGCUAACAAGUAACUAUCCGAUUUGGUGAGCAGUUGACGUGUUUAUAGACAGAAAAGCAAUUCACCCUUGUUGAUCAGUCUCAGCUGUGAACAUGGCAGGCCUUUUCCGCCUCCUCCGCAUGCAAUUCACACCACCUACUGACCCGGUGGCUGCAGGCGUCUCCUUUGCAGGCAAGACGGUGCUGAUAACAGGGGCAACAUCUGGGCUGGGGUUUGAAGCUGCGAUCAAAUUCCUCAGGCUGGAAGUUGACACGCUCAUCCUCGGGAUCCGCAAUCUUGAACGCGGCAAUGCCGCCAAGGAGGAGCUUGAGAAACGCACGAAUCGACCCGGGGUGGUUCGGGUAUGGGAGCUGGAGAUGAACAGCUUUGCGAGCGUGCAGCGGUUCGCACAACGGAUCAACCGUGAAAUCGACCGGCUGGACAUCGCGGUUUUGAAUGCCGGUCUGACGAACCGGGAAUAUAUUCAGUCACCCGAGGGUUGGGAAGAAACGCUGCAAGUCAACGCGCUUUCCACGUCGCUGCUGGCGCUCCUGCUGCUCCCCAAGCUUCGGAAUAGCUCGUCCGCUUCGUCUGGGCCGGCUCACCUCUCCAUCGUGUCUAGCCAGCAGUUUACCCGCGUCAAGGCGGACAGUCUGCGGACAGAGGGGGCACUGCUACAGCAUCUCAACGACCCCGUCAAUUACCAUGGUCGGAAGCAAUACGGGAUCUCCAAGUUGCUUGUGGAGUAUGCAGCCAAGAACCUCGCACAGCUCACGCGCAACGAGGAUGGAAGCCUCCAGGUCAUUGUGAACUCGGUCAGUCCGGGGCUGUGCAUAUCGGGGCUCGCGCGGCAGUACAAUAGCUUCUAUGAGCGAUGGCUAUUAUGGGUGAUGUACCGGAUCUUUGCUCGGACGACUGAACAAGGCAGUCGGUCAUUGGUGAGUGCCACGUAUCAGGGGCCGGAAUCGCAGGGCAAAUGCUGGCGAAGCGAUGGAUAUUUGGAGUACGUUUCCAUCUUGUCUCUGUCUCUGUCUCUGUCUGUCUCUCUUGGUUUGUUUCUGACUCUCUACUGACAACAGCGAAUCCGCCGCUCUGACGGUCGGUCCAGAAGGUAAAGCAUUCCAGACCAAAGCAUGGAGAGAAAUCACCGAUCUGUUGCGUCUUCAGGACUCGAAUCUUGAG